AUGCAGGUGGUACGGCGAGCAGGGUCACGGCUCUGCCGGUCCUGGGUUUGCGCUCCGAUUACCGGGGUGCCGGCCGUGACUAUCCACACAGACGUCCAGCAGCUGCAGGAGGAGGCGGUGAAGAAGGAAGUUGAGGAGAAGGCGGCAUCUCUGAGCCGGAGCAACUUCAGCAUUUACCCUCCAAUUCCAGGACAAGAGAGCUCUCUGAGGUGGGCAGGAAAGAAGUUUGAGGAGAUCCCAAUCGCACACAUUAAGGCAUCCUACAAUAACACCCAGAUCCAGGUGGUGUCUGCCACGCACCAGCCACUGGCCCGGGCUUCCUGCGGCACAGAGGGGUUUCGAAAUGCCAAGAAGGGCACGGGCGUUGCGGCUCAGACCACAGGCAUCGCCGCUGCAGCAAAAGCCACAGGAAAGGGUGUGACCCACAUUCGAGUUGUAGUGAAAGGCCUGGGGCCAGGGCGCCUGGCCGCCAUCAAGGGGCUGACCAUGGGGGGCCUGGAGGUGAUCUCCAUCACAGACAACACCCCCAUCCCACACAACGGCUGCCGCCCCCGCAAGGCUCGGAGGCUGUGA